AUGUCGGUCAAGUUCGAGAAAACGACGGAGGAGACGGUCAAGGCCGCGCAGAAUGUCAUGUCGGGAGCCGAGGGCGGUCACCUGCCGGGCACCAGCGGCAAGCACCCCGUCGCUGCUGCGAUCGGCACUGCUUUGACCGGCGGCAAGGAGAUGGCGGGCGUAAAGGGCUAUCUCGCGGCGUACAUCAAGCAGAUUGAGGAGAACCCGCUGCGGACCAAAAUGCUGACGGCCGGCACCCUGGCCGGUGCGCAGGAGCUGAUUGCGUCCUUCUUGGCCAAGGACCGCAACAAGCACGGCAACUACUUCACCUCGCGCGUGCCCAAGAUGGCGGCCUACGGUGCGCUCAUCAGCGCGCCUCUGGGCCACUUUCUCAUCUGGCUGCUCCAGCUGACCUUCCGCGGACGCACCAGCCUCAAGGCCAAGAUCAUGCAGAUCGUAGUCAGCAACUUGAUUAUUGCGCCGAUCCAAAACAGCAUCUAUCUGGUCGCCAUGGCCCUGAUUGCUGGCGCCAGGACGUACCACCAGGUGCGCGCCACCGUCAAGGUCGGCUUCUGGAAGGUGAUGCGCGUCUCGUGGAUUACCUCGCCCAUCUGCCUUGCCUUUGCGCAGAAGUUCCUGCCCGACCAGCUCUGGGUCCCCUUUUUCAACAUUGUGUCGUUCAUUAUCGGUACCUACAUCAACACCGUCACCAAGAAGAAGCGCCUCGCAGCCCUCCGCAAGAAGCACUUUGGUGACAACCGCAACAGCGGCAUGGGCCGCUCCGAUGAGUACAACGGUGGAAUGGGCCCCAACCCACCCUACUAG